CCUGGAAGUAGUUGAGUUUGCGCUGUCUCUCGCCAGCAUCAUGAAGGCGGCUGAAGGGAACCUCGCUUGCAAGAUCAUUGCUUGUGAUUAGGAGGUCAUUCCCAAUAGUCUGUGAAACUGGACGCGACGCAUCAUUCAUAUUCGGCCCUGCAGAAUGUCCAAGAUCAGGCGGAAGGUUACAGUGGAGAAUUCAAAGACCAUAUCAGACAGCAGCACGACCACCCCCUCCCGCAGGCCCAGCGUGUUUGAGCGACUUGGACCCAGCACAGCUAGUAAUGCAGCAGAGACUCAUUGUAGAAACUGGUUAAAGACUGGGAACUGCAGUUACGGCAACACGUGUAGAUACACACAUGGAACCACAUCACGAGGAAAAGGCUUCUCUGGAACGUUCAACAGGUCAGCUGAGAGGCCCACUGGGGAUCUCCGGGAGAGGAUGAAGAAUAAGAGACAGGAUGUAGAUGGUGACACUCAGAAAAGAGACGCAGAAGAGCCUACUUCACCCACAACCAGACAGCGAGAUUCAUCCCGAGGCAGACACAGAGAGAAAGAGGAUAUCAAAAUCACAAAGGAGCGCACACCAGCUAGUGAGGAGGAGACAGCAGAUUGGGAAGCCAGUCGUGAAGAUUCCGAUAACGGUGAUUACGAUUACGAGUUAUCUCUUGAGAUGAAGAGGCAGAAGAUUCAGCGGGAGCUGAUGAAGCUGGAGCAGGAAAACAUGGACAAACGAGAGGAGAUCAUCAUCAAGAAAGAGCAGGAACAAGUCUCCAAGACAAGGAACAGUACUUACAAGGACAGGGCUUCUCCUGAGCACACCAGUUCUAGGGGGUCACCCUCGUCCCGUAAGUCCAGCGGCUCGCCCAAACAUAAAGUUGCUGGGAAGGGUGGAAAUUCGAGAAAGAAAGAGAAGAAGUCUUCCACUUCCUCAGUCAUCUCCUCUCCAGUGUCUGACCAGAACAGGGCAGAGGAGACAGACAGCAGAUCAUCUAAGAGUGGCCAUGGCAGAAGGAAAGGGCCACGGACGCCAAGUCCUCCUCCACCUGUCCCUGCAGAGAACCCAGUUAUUGGGAAGAAACACAAAAAUAAACACAAAAACAAGGAGAAAUCUGAGGACAAACCUAAAGAAGGCAAAGAGAGAGGACGUGAUAUGGAGAAACACAAGGAAAAAAAAGAAAAGCGCAGGGACAGGUCAGAUAGUUCACAUAAAGCCAAACGCUCAAUUGCAUCAGAGGAACGUUCUGGAAGCAUUUCCCCACCUUCCAGGGAAGCAUCACCUCCAGCCAGAAGGAAGUCAUCAUCUCCGAAGCCCACUUCCCAUAAACAAGCCUCACAGCAGAGGUCUAGAACUCCACCCCAUCACCGCCGCAGCCCCUCUCCUCGCUCCCGACAACAUCACUCCCCCUCCUCACACUCUGGCUCCUCCGCCCAGAGACACUCCCCUUCCCCUCGCCGCAGACAUGGUUCCAUCUCUCCCCUUUAUCCACGAGACCUUCCUCCUCCCUCCUCAUCCUCACCCCCUCCUACACAGUCCUCCUGCCGCUCCCGCUCUCCACUCACCCCCCAGAGAGAGCCCUCCCAGAGCCCUGCUCCCCGCAGAUCCAGCCCCAGCAUCCGGCACCGCUCACAGGGGAGAGAGAGGGAGAGGGGCAGAGGAGAGAGAGACAGGAGUCCCGUGCUGCAGGAGAGACGCCAUGAGCGUAGAGACGAGAGCCGUGGGAAACGCGAGAAGGAAAGCAGCCGUAAUGAGCGAGACUACGAGAUUGAUCAGAAUUCCUCACGUGAUGAUCGUGAUGCCAGAGACAGCCGAGACCGCCGCAGUGAGCGGGAUAGACGAGAAGCCCGGGAUGAGCGCCAGCACCGUGGAGAAGUCAAAGACACUCGGGAUAUCCGUGCCGCUGAAACGCGAGACCGCUCAGGACGAGAAUCCCUGGAGCGUAGAGAGAGAGAGCGGGACAGAGAGAGAGACCGAGAGAGGGAAAGAGAGAGAGAAAGAAAUGAAACUCAUAGAAAGGAGGAAAUGGUGGCCCAGGAGCAAAGAAAUUAUGGAAGAGGUCAUGGAAGGGAGGAAGUGCGGACUGACAGCAGACUGGACAACAGGAAUGAAUCUAGAGUGGAAAGAACAGGGAGAGGGAGGGGACGUGGGUUGGAUGCCACAGAGAAAGGUUCUGCUCGUGGCAUUAGAGCAUCACAGGGCGACACCAGCAGUACUGGUGGUCAUGACAGCUGGGAAUCCCGCAGCAGUGGCCUCAGAGAGAGGAGCUCUGAGAGAAACACAGAGCGCGAUCGCUAUGAAAAUGACAGACCGAGAGGAGAACAGGCCAGAGACGACCGGCGGGGAGGACAUGUGGAGAGAGAUCGUCGUGACAACAGAGAAAGAGCAGAACAAAGAGCAACUUCUGCAGGCCAUCAGCAGAACCGCAGUGAGGACCUGGAACGGGAUGAGAGGAAAGAUGAUCGAAGGAAUGAGCGAGGGGAUGACAGACGAGAAGACCGCACCCGUGAAAGAGAGAAAGACAGGGAUAGAGAAAGAGAGAGGGAACGGGAAAGAGAGCGGGAGAAGGAAAGAGAAAGAGAGGCUGAAAGAGAACGAGAGCGAGUUAGGGAGCGGGAGAGAGAGAGGGAAAAAGAACGAGAGAGGGAGAGGGAGAGGGAGGAGAGAGAAAGGGAGCGCGAAAGAGAGAGAGAGGAGCGAGAAAGGGAAAGAGAAGAACGGGAGAGAGAAAGGGAACGAGAAAGAAAGGAGAGGGAACGGGAGAGGGAGCAGAGAGAGAGGGAGAGGCAGAGAGAGUGGGAGGAGAGAGAGAAAGGGAGGGAGGAGAGGCGGGACAGAAGAGAUGAGCCACGAGACGACCGCUCUGGCCGAGACGCUCAUGAAGAAAGAAAGAACACCCGCAAGAGGCAUCGUGCCGAGAACACUCCCAGUCCAUGCCCGUCUCCUAAACGAGGCAAAGACGUGAGCCCUCCAGACAGUGACGGUUACAACAGCACUGAGGAGAAAGGUGACAAGCACCGGCUUUUGAGUCAAGUAGUUCGUCCUCAGGAGACCUCUCGUUCACCUGCACGCUCCUUUACUGACGAGAAGCACAGCCGCUGGAAGGAUGAAGAUCGGCGUAGUGAUAAAAAGGAUGUCCGUGGCCGACACGAAGAGGUGGAUUCCCGCAGUGAGAGAGGAGCAGGGAGAGGAGCAGAGCGACGUGGAGAACACGCUCCAGAACUUUCCGCUAACACGGACGUCGCUGAGUCUAGGAGGGUAAAAGAGCAGAAAGACCCUCCCAUGGCUACCCUGAGUCCUCCUGUGUCCAUGGAGGAGAGAGACUCUUUAUUUGCCAUUCAUGAGGAGGGCAAGAAAAAGAUGAAAUCUCUGAAGAAAAAUCUGAAGAAGAACCGUAAAGAUGAAGAGGGGGGAGCUGGAGGAGGGGAGCGUAGUAACCUUGAGCCCCCAUCAUCCUCCACUGUGACCGAAGCCCCCGAACCUAUCCUUUUACCCCGCAAGACUCCAAAGAAGAAAGCCGUAGACAGAAAGUGCAAGCGCCCGCGUCGUGCUGAAUCGGAUGUUUCUGAGGACGAGCUUGUCACCCAACAACCCCUUAGCAAGAGACGACGUGGCCCACGUACACCCCCACCAAUCAACAAAGAUGACCUUCCCUCCCAAAGGGCCUUAACUGCUGGACAGAGCUCAGUCACAGCAAAAAUGGACACCAACUUCAGCGACUGGUCCGAUGAGGAUGUACCAGAACGAAGCGAGGCCACCUCUGCCUCUCUGCCAUCCGAUAGGCCUCCAGAGCGGCUACUUCCCUCAGAGUGUCCACCCAGAAGGGGUGCACGUGGCGGGGGAAGAGACCGCACAGACCCCCUCAUUGCCCCACUUCUGCCUGAUCCUCCAAUGCUGAUACAGUGUCUUCCUUUACAGCCGCUACUGCCGCAACACAUGCUGCGUAAACCGCAGCAGGCAGACAUGCAGCAGCAGCGCAGCAGUAGUAUGGGCAGCAACCAAAGCCGUGCGUCCUCAAGAAGACUGCGCUCACCCUCCAAUGAGUCGGCUCACCGUGAUGAGGGCCAGCAGGGGAUGAGGUCCCGCAGAGGACGCAUGCAGGGCACCAAUUCCCGUGACCGAGAGCGGGAGAGAGAGAGGGAGAGAGACCGGGAGAGGGCAGCUGCUAGUGAACAGAUGGGAGGAGAGAGGAAGUCGAGAAUAGACCAGCUGCGGAGGGAAGAGCCCAGUCGGAGCACCUCCUCAGACCGACAGGAUUCUCUGAGUCACAGUUCUCGUCGCAGUUCACCAGAGUCUGAGCAUCAGGCUCGUUCCAGAGCUGGCUCCUAUGACAGUCGUGAACGCGACCGAGAUCAGUUGGAACGAGAGCGUGAGAGAAAGGAUCACCGUCAGCUGCAAAAUCAACCACCCCAACAGCGAGACUGGGAACCAGAACCUCGUGAGUGGGGUGGACGGGGCAGAGAGCCCCUCCUCCGUGGAAACCGAGAGCCAAUUAGAGAGCGGGAGAUGCGCGAAAGGGAACGCCUCUUACCUGAAGGACUGCUCUCACAUGACCGAAUGGAUCGUGACCAUGGCGAAAGAGACAGAGAGCGUGAACGUGAAAGGAUGCUUCCGUUUGACCUUCAGACUCAUAGGGAACCGAAGAGCAGAGCUGAGAUGAAGAUGGAGAGGGGAGAGUAUGAGCCUCUGUUACCCAGAGAAGCCCUCACAGAUACAGAUAAACCUGGUGAUAACUCUCACCGGCAAGGGGAAGCAUCUGAGCCAGAGAAAAUGGAUAGCCUUGAUGAAGAGGAGGAUGGAAAGGGAGAUGAUGGGCAGUCUAUUGUGUCGGCUGGUGAGGAGUAUGAGCCAAUCAGUGAUGAUGAACUGGAUGAGAUUCUGGCUGACAGUCAGAAGAGAGAUGAACAGCAAGAAGAUGAAAAGACUUCUGGGCCUCUGGAUGUGAUUGAUGUUGAUUGGUCCAGUUUGAUGCCCAAGCAGAAACAGGAGCCCAGAACUCCUGGGGCAGCACUGCUUCGAUUCACCCCAGGGGCUGUGCUUCUCAGGGCAGGAGUGUCAAGGCGCUUGGCUGGGCCUCAGCUGCUUGCCAAGGUUAAAGAGGUCUGCUCCAGAGAAUUGGAAGACCCUAAAGAUGCUGACAAACUAUUGGAGCAUGAUCUGGGUGCUCUGAACAUGGCUGCAUACAACAGAAGAAUGGAGAGGGCCAACCUGCUGAGAAGCAUGGGCCCUUGCUGCAAAGCAUUGUGUGCUCGCCGGGACAUCGCCAUACGUAGACAGCUCCUGAAAAAUGACAAGGGCACAACCAAGCAAAUCUACACCAGUGCUCCAGUGGUGGAUAAUGAACUUCUGCAACUCAGUUUGCGGCUCUUUAAAAAGAAAAUGGCUGCCAGUCAGUCCGGUGAACAGGAGAUGUCUGAUUCAGGCUCUGCAGCCCAACAGCUCGGCACACCAGGGGAGGUGUGCGUCUCCUGAGUACGCUCAGUGAGUACAGCCCGAAAGUAGUGAUCUAAGUCGCCGUUAACGCAUACCAUUACUGAUUAUUGUAAAACACUGAAACUGUUAAGUCAGUGCUGAUGAAGGAUUGCUGCUCUGCCUUGCAGCACAGAGCCAUAGAGACUGGACACGCUAGCCUGUGGAGAUACUGUUUGAGGUUUCAUGAUCCUUGAACUUUGAAUGAAAAGUAUGGUAAAGAUGUAUCAAAUAAGAACUUUUUGUCAUUUCCAUUUGUUUUAGAGAAGUGUUUUUGUAAUGUCAGAUCUGUGAACAAUGGUUGCUGAAUGUUUUUGGAAUGUACAAUGGGUACUAAAUACCCAAAGACCCAUUUACUCUUGUUAUGUGCAUCUAGCUUUUGUUCCCAUUGUUUGUCAAUUUUGUUUUGAAUCAUUUUUGUGAUCAGUCUGUUUCAGCACUCUUGUUCUCAGUGGUUUCUCAGUUUAUUAAAACAAUGUGAUUCAAAAUGAAAA